GUAGAUAAGCGUGGUUCCGGGGUGCUCCAUUUUGCGGCUCAGAGUGCCAACCGGGGGCUCAUUGAUAUAUUGAGUGAUGCUCAUAUCCGCGGUUUGAACCCUGAUCAAGCGAACGCGGCUGGCGAUACUCCAAUGAAGAUCACGACGGCCAGGCUGUAUGGUAAGGAAGACUCUAGACAGCCGGGCGAGAUAGUGCCGACGUUUGACGAGUGGUUGGCUUUCAAGAAUAUUCUGGAGGAUAUUCGAGAACGC